GGCACUUCUCCCCCGUCCAGAAGGUGAUCUCCGCCCAGUCUCAGAAGCCAGACGCCCGGGGCCUUAAUGUAGGAGCUAAAGAAGUUCCAAGGCUUCCAACUGUUACAUUCAGACGUUUCCACCAGUGCAACCACAUAUUCCCAGCAUCCUUUUCCAGAUUCCAUGAAUAACCUAACGACCAGAGAACACCGAAUUGGGUGUCAGAAAGCCUGGGUUCUCGUCCUCACUGCCAUUAACUAGCGGAGAAACAUGAACCAGAAGAUGCUGAAGUUGGAGAACUUGCUACGAUUUCACACUGUUUGUAGAGAGCUGCACAGCCUAGGUCAGAGAAGAACGUUAGCACAGUGGAGGCAUGUGUUUUCAUCUGCUUACCCAGUGUGGACAGCUCAGCAGUACACCAGGCCCUGGCAAACAGACGUGCUCUUUGGGGCUGCUUUUUCUCAAUAUAGGCUUCUCGUAACAAAGAAGGAAGAAAGGCCACGGAAAUCUCAGUUAUCUUCAACAAAAUCUAAAAAGGAGGUGGAGGUAUGGAUUGGAAUCACUGUUGAGGAGCUGGCCAGAGUAAUGGAAAAGGACAUAGAUUAUAUAUAUGAAGCUUUAAUGAACACUACUAUUGACAUAGAUUCACUAGAAGCAGACUCGUGUUUAGAUGAAGUAUGGAUCAAAGAAGUAAUAAAGAAGGCAGGGAUGAAGUUAAAAUGGAGCAAAUUAAAACAGGACAAAGUCAAAGAAAAUAAAGAUGCUGUGAGAAGGCCCCCGGCAGAUCCAGCUUUAUUAACCCCAAGGUCGCCAGUUGUUACUAUAAUGGGCCAUGUUGAUCAUGGGAAAACGACGUUACUUGACAAACUGCGAAAAACUCAAGUGGCAGCAAUGGAAGCUGGAGGCAUCACUCAGCACAUUGGUGCCUUUCUUGUCUCUCUGCCUUCUGGGGAAAAGAUAACCUUCCUUGAUACUCCAGGACAUGCUGCUUUCUCAGCAAUGAGAGCCAGAGGUGCUCAGGUCACUGACAUUGUCAUAUUGGUUGUAGCUGCAGAUGAUGGAGUGAUGAAACAAACAGUAGAAUCUAUUCAGCAUGCCAAAGAUGCUCAAGUGCCUAUUGUCCUUGCCAUAAACAAAUGUGACAAAGCUGAGGCGGAUCCUGAAAAAGUGAAGAAAGAACUGCUAGCUUACGACGUGGUGUGUGAGGAUUACGGAGGCGAUGUGCAAGCCGUGCAUGUCUCUGCACUUACGGGGGAUAAUCUAAUGGCUUUGGCAGAGGCAACAAUUACUCUUGCAGAAAUACUAGAAUUGAAAGCAGACCCCACUGGCCCAGUGGAAGGAACAGUAAUAGAAUCUUUCACAGACAAAGGAAGAGGUCCUGUUACUACGGCAAUAAUUCAAAGAGGAACUUUAAGAAAAGGCUCGAUUCUGGUUGCUGGAAAGAGUUGGGCAAAAGUACGCUCAAUGUUUGAUGAAAAUGGAAAAACAAUUAAUGAGGCCUAUCCCAGCAUGCCAGUGGGAAUUAUAGGCUGGAGAGACCUCCCUUCUGCAGGAGAUGAAAUUCUUGAAGUAGAAUCUGAGCCAAGGGCACGUGAAGUUGUUGACUGGAGGAAGUAUGAGCAGGAACAGGAGAAAAAUAAAGAAGAUCUAACAGUUUUAGAAGAAAAACGAAAGGAACACCAAGAAGCACAUCGGAAAGCCCGUGAGAAGUAUGGCACUUUGCACUGGAAGGAGAGAUCAUAUAUAAAGUACCAAGAAAAAAAAGAACAAAAGUUCUUAAAGCCAAAAGAGAAAGCCGAAAGAGAUUCAAAUAUGCUCCCUCUAGUUAUUAAAGGUGAUGUUGAUGGUUCCGUUGAGGCCAUUUUAAACAUUAUGGAUACCUACGAUGCUUCACAUGAGUGUGAACUCGAAUUAGUACAUUUUGGUGUCGGUGACAUUAGUGAAAAUGAUGUUAACCUUGCUGAAGCAUUUCAUGGGGUCAUAUACGGCUUCAAUGUGAAUGCAAGCAGUGCUAUCCAGCAGUCAGCUGCAAAGAAAGGAGUUAAAAUUAAACUUCACAACAUCAUUUACCGUCUUGUUGAAGAUUUGCAGGGGGAACUGAGCAGCAGAUUGCCCUGCACUGUGGAAGAGCACACAGUAGGUGAGGCUUCUGUACUAGCUAUCUUCUCCAUAACAGAAGGGAAGAAAAAAAUUCCUGUGGCUGGCUGCAGAGUCCAAAAGGGACAGUUAGAAAAACCAAAAAAAUUUAAGUUAAUCCGUAACGGACAUGUUGUUUGGAAGGGCUCUUUAACUUCACUGAAACACCAUAAAGAUGAUGUUUCAGUCAUCAAAACUGGAAUGGACUGUGGUCUCAGUUUGGAUGAAGAAAAGAUAGAAUUAAAAGUGGGAGAUGAAAUUGUUUGCUAUGAAGAUAAGGAAGUUCUAGCUAAGACCUCUUGGGAUCCAGGAUUUUAAAAUUAUAUUAAAAAUGUAAA